AGCUACAAAUAUGCCUACGAAUUCUCCAACUCCAUCAAAGCCGAACAAGAGGGUACCCUGAGCGGUGAUGCCUUGGUUGCCAAGGGCCAAUACUCAUUCACCGCACCCGAAGGCGAUCAAGUUUCCGUGCAAUAUGUUGCUGAUGAAAACGGUUACCAAGUUUUGAGCGCCAACCCACCUCUGCCAACCUCGCCACCAAUUCCAGAGGCCAUCUUGAAGGCUAUCGCUUACAUUCAGGCUCACCCACCCAAGGAAUAAGCUGUUGUUAUGUGCUUUAACACAUUGAUUGUUUCGUUUUUUACCUCUUUUUUGAAUAAAUGCAUUCUAAGUCAUUAGUAUAAAA